AUGCCUGGCUUACUUUCAAAUUUAUUUUUUUGUCUUUAUUUUUCUCUCUUUUUCUUCUACUACUCCUCUUUUUCUUUUUUGCUUUCCCUCUCUCAGUCUUUUAUCGUUAAUUUCUUUCUUUCUUUCUUUCUUUUACUGUUUCAGUCUCUUUUUUUCCUUCUCAGUCUAUCUUUCUUUUUUUCUUUUUUCAGUCAGUUUUUCUCUCUCUCUCUCUCGGUCUUUCUUCUUUCUUUCUUUCUUUCUUUUUUCUUUCUUUUAAUGUUUCAGUCUCUUUCUUUCUUUUUUCUUUAUUUCUUUCUUUCUUUUAAUGUUUCAUUCUCUUUUUCCCCCUCUCAGUCUUCUUUCUUUCUUUCUUUCUUUCUUUCUUUUACUGUUUCAGUCUCUUUUUUUCCUUCUCAGUCUAUCUUUCUUUUUUUCUUUUUUCAGUCUGUUUUUUUCUCUCUCUCUCUCGUCUUCUUUCUUUCUUUCUUUUUUCUUUCUUUUAAUGUUUCAGUCUCUUUCUUUCUUUCUUUCUUUCUUUCUUUCUUUCUUUCUUUCUUUCUUUUAAUGUUUCAGUCUCUUUUUCCCUUCUCAGUCUUCUUUCUUUCUUUCUUAUACGAGUUUGCUCAACUAAUGCAUUCUGAUCAACAUUCAUCAUGUGCUACGCCCUUUCCUCGUUUUACAUUACCAAUUUCCCUUCUCUCCCUCGCAUUUCCACUUCCUUUGGCUCAUAUCUAUCUAUCUAUCUAUCUAUCUAUCUAUCUAUCUAUCUAUCUAUCUAUCUAUCUAUCUAAGUCUGUUCAUCUCUCUCUCUGUCUCUCGCCCAAUCGUUUUCUCUCUAUAUAUACAGGGUGCAAUGGAUAA